AUGCCUAACCGCGAACCACACAAACAGCCCGAAAUUCACCACCCCCAAAACCACCAGCAGCAAUCGCUCCUCAGCCACGACCCGCCCGUCACCCGAUCCACCAACGACACAAGCAAACUGCUCACGAAAUACCCCAUGGACAGCGUGCUCAGAAAAAGUCCCGUGCUCAUCGACUUCAUCCUCUCCGGCGCCUCCCUUAUGAAGAACUCCAGCUGUCCCACGUACGCAAACGCCUCACCCGCCCCCACAAGGAAAAACUGCGGCACAAGCCAAAACGCCGUAAUCCUCACAUUCCCCUCCACCAAAAAGCUCCUCCGCCGCCGCUCCACGAGGGCCGCCGCCCCCAUUCCGGCCACGGAAAACGCGAGCCCGAUCCCGACCCGUUGGAGGCAGGUGAGGCCCUGGGCCCGGCCCGUGACCCGACGGGCCAGUGGGACGAUGGCCCGUUCGUUGAGAGAGGUGAAGAGGAGAAUUGUGGAGAUGAGGAAGAAUGAGAAUGAGCCGGCCGGGACCGGAAAUGAUCCGAGUCGUCGGUCCAUGAAUGUUGCUUGCUCGAUUUUUUGCCGUGUGAGGAAGCUUCGCGGAGUAAUACUCGUUGAGCAUCGUGUCCUCGGGAGGAAAAACGAGGCUUCUCCUCCUCCACGCGGCCCAGACGACCCUCCAAACCACGGUCAACGGGCUUCCCUCGGGCUUCCUGAACCGCACGGUCACCGCGAAAAGCGAGCCGAGGCUGAUGCAGAAGUAGAAGCGGUUGAAGAAGUAAUUCAUGGCACGCUCCUCCUUCGGGUCGGACGUGUCGAACUGGUCCGACCCAAAUCCCGACACGUUCGACUUUAUUCCGCCGCCGCCGACCGCGAUCGUGUAGAGGGCCGUGUAGAGCAUUGCCAGCUGGCGGCCGUUGGCCUCGAUGCACAUGGUUCUGCGCGGGGCGUGGCAGGCGGGAGGACGCAUGCCCGGGAUUGUUGUGGCCAGGGUUAA